UUAUAUAUAUUAUUCAUAUUUAUUUAUUUGUUGUAAAAAAAAGAGAGGAAUUUAAUCCAUUUUCAUCAAAAUCAAAAUUCACCACCACCAGGAGGGAUUUUUCUGGGCUGUAAUUUUCGGGAAGAAGCGGUUAUGGAAAUCUCGAAUUUGCCGGAAAAUCAGAGUGCUUCCGCGGGGAACAGGGAGAGUGGAGAGAGUGAUGGAGAGGAGGAGAGACCGAGAGAGGAAGAGGGUGACCGGUACUCUGUUGGCAACCGGUGGCCGCGGCAAGAGACUUUGGCUUUGUUGAAGAUAAGGUCUGAGAUGGACGUUGCUUUUAGGGAUUCUGGACUCAAGGCUCCUCUCUGGGAAGAAGUUUCCAGGAAAUUAGCUGAGCUGGGAUACAACAGAAGCUCCAAGAAAUGCAAGGAGAAGUUUGAGAACCUUUACAAGUACCAUAGGAGGACCAAAGAAGGUCGAUCGGGCCGUGCUAAUGGCAAAAACUAUCGGUUUUUUGAGCAAUUAGAAGCAUUAGAGAAUCACUCCAUGGUGGCUGCCUCAGUAAAUCCAAUAAGUUUUAUCCAAAAUGUUAUUCCAAGUUCUAUGCAAAACCUCAGUGCGAAUUCCAUUGACACCUCAUCUACACCGGUCACAUCUUCAAGUAAAGAAUCUGGAGGUACGCAUAGGAAAAAGAGAAAACUGAGUGAGUUUUUUGAGAGAUUGAUGAAGGAAGUCUUAGAAAAGCAAGAGAAUUUGCAAAGGACCUUCAUAGAGGCAAUGGAGAAGUGUGAACAGGAUAGGAUAUUGAGAGAGGAAGCAUGGAAGAUGCAGGAAUUGGAGAGAAUUAAGAGAGAGCGUGAGCUUUUGGUUCGAGAACAAUCUAUUGCAGCUGCAAAAGAUGCGGCUGUUCUUUCUUUUUUGCAGAAGUUUGCGGAGCAAGCGACCUCAACACAUCUACCUGAGGACCAAACAACUCUCCUAGAGAAAGCUGGGGAGAGGCAGUUUACUUUUAAUGGCGAUGAUUUUACCCAAGGCAAUAGUAAUGUUGAGAAUCUUAGGCAACUUAAUGGUAAUGGUGACAGUUUCAGUCAUAUAGGUUCGUCCCGGUGGCCUAAAGAUGAAGCUGAAGCUUUGAUUAGGCUGAGGACUAAUCUUGAUAUGCAGUAUCACGAUAAUGGGCCUAAAGGUCCUCUAUGGGAGGAGAUAUCCGUAGCCAUGAAGAAGCUUGGCUAUGAUAGAAGUGCGAAGAGGUGCAAAGAGAAGUGGGAGAAUAUGAACAAGUACUUCAAGAAGGUAAAAGAAAGUAAUAGGAAGAGAGCUGUUGACGCGAAGACAUGUCCAUAUUUCCAUCAGCUUGAUGCCUUAUAUAGAGAAAAGUCUCAUCAGAUUGAUGGUUUGUACACUGAGAAGACUAAGAAGGUGGUCAAUUCAAUUCAUGCUGGUUAUGAAAUGAGGCCUGAGGAGCUUUUAAUGCAUAUGAUGGGAGCACAAGAAGACCGGCAACAGCAGGAGCCAGCAGCAGGCGAGGGCAUAAAAAGUGAAAAUGCUAACCAGAAUCAGCAAGAAGACAAUGGAGAAAAUGAAGACGAAAAUGAAGAUGAAGAAGAAGAAGAUGCUUAUCAAAUUGUCGCCAAUAAUGCUAAUGCAAUGGCAGUGAUGGAUUGAUCAAACCAGAAGCUGAAAGUAUUUUUGAGAGCUGAAGUGAGUUUGCCUCGGCCUUGGUCGCUGCGAACUGCUUCAUGGUUUUCCGGGUCAGAGGAGUUUUGACAAGUUUAUUUUUGACCAACAGAAAGCUAUCUACUUGAAGAUGGACUUCUAUAGUAAAAAAAAAUCAUCAUUUGUUAAACAGACGUCUGUGUUAUAUACUGUGUAUGUGGAAGAGAUUACAACAAGGAGGCUGUAUUAUGUAUGUAAUAUAGAACACUGUUGUUUUCACCUUUUGAGAGUGCACCUGCGUGUGUUAAAAAGUUGAAAAUCAUAGUUGCUUUUUGUAGUUAACAUCAAGUCACUUUGUGCGUUCAGCAUUAAUGCUAAUGAUGCAAUGAAGACCCUGAUGCUUUUCUUUUAAUAUGAUUCACAUAAUAAUAUGAUUGCGAAGAACAGUAUUUGUAAUCA